GGCGGUAACGUGUCUUCUUUGCUGAAAUUACACCAAAGAACAAGAUGAGGACGCACACAUUAUACGUAAAACUGUAAACAGAUGUCGCAGAGACAGACUGAAAGAAAAGAAAUGAACGGACAAACGGACGUAGAAGUCGACUACAAGCGGAAAUACAAAAACUUGAAACGCAAAUUAAAGUUCCUCGUCUAUGAACAAGAAUGUUUUCAAGAGGAGCUGAGAAGAGCUCAAAGGAAGCUGUUGAAAGUUUCCAGAGACAAAAGCUUUCUUCUUGACCGAUUACUGCAGUAUGAAAGGGUGGAUGAAGACUCCUCAGACUCAGAUGCAACAGUGUCCUCAGACAACAGUGAAGGGGAAGGGCCCCGAGAGAGGGAACGAGAACGAGAGGGAGCAAAGAAGAAAAAGAGCGGUCCUGGGACAGGCCUUUCUUCAUCAUCGUCUUCUCACCUCUCCAUGCUGUCACGUUCUGGAGGAAACCCUCUGCAGUCCUCUGCUGCAGGACCUUACCUCAACACCAUGCCCUUCCCCCCAGAGUAUUUGGCACCGCCAGCUGAGCGAAUGAAGAAAGAGAGAAAAACAAAGACGCCUAAAAACAAGAAAGAGACCACGGGGAAGGUUGUUACUCCAAUGGCAGCAAACUACCCAUCAACCCCUGCGACUCCUCCCACAGCCAGCGGUCCCUUCAGCUGGGUUCCCAGACAGAUGUUCAGUGGUGAUGCAGCUGAGGAAGAGUGUGAGAGCGAAGGAGACAGCGACAGAGGAGAUGAAGACAGAGGGGAGGGGGACGAGGCUGAACUGGUCAUAGACAUCCCUAACGAGUGAGCCUGUGGGGUUUAGAGGUAUUUAAAAACAAAAAAACUGUCAAAGCGAUGCUUGUGUAUCUGUAAAAGGAGUGAGAAGCACAGUUUCAAGUUUUCUUUUAAAGGAUAGGAUGGGACCUUAAUAAAGUGCUACAAACUAACACUCCUAUUCCAUUCUUAACUGGAGAUUCACAGACGUUUUUGGAUAAACUGGUUUUGUUUGGUGGAGUCAGACACUGUGCUCCACCCUUUGUUUCUGUUGGGAAAAGCUUCCAGGGAAUUCGGAUUCAAAUGAAGCUUAAAAACAUCCCAACUGGUAAAAUAAAGUGUCUGGUUUAAGAUCUUCUAAUAAAAGACCAAAAGCAAUUUUACACUUAAUAUUUUCUUUUGUCAUGGCGUAGCAUCUGACUGCUAACUGUAUGAUCAUCUUGUUGUUUUGUCUUGAAUUUUGUGUUGCAGCAACUCAGAUAUGUAAAGGAAAGUCAUCAACAUGAAAAUUCUGCUGUGCAUAAAGACCUGACAAAACCAGAGCUCUCAAGUUUAGUUCUACCAUGCUGAAUAACUGCUGCUUAAUUGAGUUUCUUUUUUAGGUUCACAUUAUGUCAUGUGACAAAUGACUGUUUGGAUUUUUCCUUUAAGGAAUAAAACAAAACAUGACUCUAUUUGGUUGCGAAUUAUUAUUUACAUGCUGUUAACCCCUUGAGGCCCGAGUUCAUUUCCAGAUGUAAAAAAUUCCUUAAGUUUUUGUUGUCGUGUAGAUGCUAAAUUAAGGCAUUUGUGGAGCCAAGGUGGUUUGUUGAGUAUUUAAAUCAAUAGGCAUAAAGGGGUUAAUUUUGCUGUAGCAUGUUUCCAUUUGAAAAUAAAUUUAACUACAGAGAAAAUGAAACUUUCCUGCUAAGCAGCACUGAUCCCAGUGUUGUUAUAAUAUGCAUCUUGUUCAAAUAAGGACAUACCUUUCUGUA